AUGGACUUAUCUCUCCCAGUCGAUGGACUUUUGAAGAUAACUGAGGACGAUGUAUUGUCCGUUUUUGUCAGAUUAUAUCAUCGAUCGCCCGUUAUACCAGCUGCAAUAAGAAAAAUCGACGAACAUAUAUUCUGCUGGAUGGACAAGCCAAUCGUAAAUUUAACACGUGGGCAUCCCGUUGCUAUCUAUAUUCGGAAAGGGCAGUAUGGAAUUGAUUGGGAAGAUGGCAAAGAUCCUUCUGGGGAAAUGCUCCUUGUUGGCGGCGGCUGCAUUCAUUCGGCUGGAAUCUCGCUCUGGGAAAUGCAAAACUUCAAACUUCAGCCUUUUCGGAAGCACCCCUUCUGGGCCGAAAUGCUCCACAGGAAGGAUUACCAAGUCGGCAUUCCACCAAGCAACCUAAAUCUGUCAUAUGCUCUGGCAUACCGUGACCAUGUCGAUCAUCUCAAACGCCACAGACCCUGA